AUGAGUCAAAUCAUUCUAGACAAUAUUCAAAACAAUGAUACUGUAUACCAUAGAUUUGUCAUUGUUCAUGGUAGAGUCACCAAAAACAAUUCCCAUGCUUCUGCCAUAGUAACAGUGAAGCAUUCCGGCGAUACAUUUCCACAACAGGUUUGGGUUGUCACGAAGUCUUACUUUAAGGCUCUUGUUCAAGUAGUGCCAGGCGAAAAUGAAAUUUUAUUUCAAACCGAUGAUGGAUUUGAACUCCCUUUGCAUUUGACUUAUCAAGUUCUUAAUGAUAAUCCUUUCUACCGAAUUGGCCUUGUUGUAGGAAGAGAUUCUGAUUUAAGAUUUGACGCUCCUUAUGGCAUGAAGAAUGACCUUGACGAAGCGAUCCGCAAAUUGCGUUGCGCAGCUUAUCUUUGGCAAGCAUUUACUGCCGAAUGUAUGUACAGAAAUGGAUUUGGUAGGCGUACAUUUCGCUUGGAAGAAAACGUCCAACCUGACACAAUGUCUUGUCAGUCAGCAUGGGGCACUGAAAGACUGACUGCUUCAAUUCAUGUAUUGAGAUCAGACAAAACGGCUGAAGAAAUUCGAUCUACUCCGCCUGAUCAACUUUUUCACGUUGCUGGAAAUGCCGUUGAUAAAUUGAAUCUUCCAGAGCCAUGGCAUUACAUCUGCAUGUUGUUAGAUACUCGCUAUGAUCCUUCUUCAAAAGAAGUCCGAGGCCAUGUUGCUUUAGGAGGUGGUACUGAUAUGCAUAAACUAGGUGUCUUUGGUUCCCAUUCUUUGCAUUCUUUUCCUAGCGCUUUAGAAUAUGUUGUACCUGUUUUCAGCGAUGUCAGAAGGCUUCCCGAUUACUUAGCAAACGAUGCUAAUGAAAGUUCUACUGUCUGGGAGUGUGCUAAUAUUGGAAUUGGAGCUAUACUACAUGAACUUGGUCAUACCCUUGGAUGCCCUCAUCAGCCAGAUGGCAUUAUGCUACGUUCUUACCCAAUUUUUAACCGUAGCUUUACAACGAGAGAAUUUGAAUGUGUCCGUACAGGAAGUAAAGGUCUUGCUCCCGUACUUCCAAAAGAUGAAUGCUCGUGGCAUUACUUAGACCUAUUAAGAUUUUAUUAUCAUCCACUUUUCCGACUUCCUUUUGAUCAGCCUUAUCCAUCAGACGUUGAAACAAGUUACUAUGUAAGUGGCGAUCAGAUAGUGUUUACAAAUGAUGCUGGGAUAUUCCUUGCGGAAAUUGAAUAUAAUGGUCAGACCAAGGGAUGGAAAAUUUUCAAUCCUCCUGAGGAGAAAGCUGCUUUUACUGAUGCAGAGAUUCGAUCGCUGUCGAACGCCGAUUCUGGUCAAGACUAUCGUAUCCGAAUCCUAACUAGGAAUUACAAAACGAUGGAUUUGAGUGAUGUUCCUGGAAUCAUUAGGAAUGCAAAGAUCUCUACCAAUUUUGGUAAUAUAUAUCGCUCCGAAAGAUUUGGUCUUCGUGGAUGCAACGGGAAUGAACUAACUAAUCUUUUAUUUUCACCCGACAAGAAAAUCACUAAAGUACGCGUGCAUUGUGGUCUUGCUUUAGAUGGUAUUGAAGUCUUUUUUGGUUCAGAAUCUGCCCUUCUUGGAAAUUGUGGGGGAAGUCCUCACGAUUUCGACACAACAGGCAGCAGUAUUUCCGGGUUUCUUAUUCGUAGUGGAGCCUGGGUAGAUGGAAUUAGUAUUAUUUUGGAAAAUGGCAACACUAGCCCCUUUUUUGGUAAUGCAAAUGGCGGUGGUCAAAAACUGUAUAAAAUUCCUGAAAAUUCCAGAUUGGUUGGCUUUUACGGAACGCUGGCGGGCUUUAUGGAUUCUGUUGGAUUCUUUAUCCAGUAG